CUUUGCAGAUGCUGAGGUCCAGAUAUCGUGAGAGGGCAAUGAAGGAACAGAUCUUAAACCCGCACGCCGAGACACUGAGCAUGUCUGAAGUAUUGCUGGAUUUUCCCUCCGUGACGAAGCAUGCCUCUCCUGCACAGCUCUUCAGCGCCCCCUGUGGAGCCCUCGUCAAUGCUGACCUCCUGUCACUAUGGAAACAGUGUGCCUUGCUCACCCCCCUGCCUGGACUCGGGGGAGGAGAGGAGGAAGAUGAGGAGGAGAGGGCGAGAGGGGGGUCAGAGCAGGACAGAGAAAUACUGAGGGCAGAGAGGAAGAGGAGGCAGUCGAGCAUGAGAGAGAUAUCCAGUGAGUCAGGACUGCAACCCGCCGACGGCUCAUCUGCAUUAGAUACGUUGAUGGACAUGUCACGGGACGACAGAUCCAUCACCGAUGUGAUCACUCCCGUCAGCAGAUGGUCUCCACAUAUGGAGUCCCAGGCACAAAUGGAGCCAAUAGCAGAGGAGAACAUCGAGAUGCCCGAGGCUCAGACUGGCCCAGAGAGCAGGGACAUGCUGAGCUGGAUCUCCUCCAGACUGCAAAGAUUUGGAGAAGUUACUUUUGACUCUCUGGUGUCCCGAGAGGCCGACCGCGCCACUGCAGCUCACACACUCUACAAACUGCUGGAGCUGCUGUCUGCUGGACAUGUGACCAUAGCACAGACUGAGCCCUACAGUGGCAUCACCAUAAGCCCUGCAGCCUGAACACGCCUGAACACACACACUCUCCCACACGCUCACACACACUCACACACACACACACACAUGCUCACACACACACUGUUACUCGACCUGCUGAGGAACAGUUUUUUAUAUUGAUGGAUGUAAUGAAUGAAUGAAUGAGAACCUUUGCCUUUCGGUAACUCAUGAGAUCAUCAGAGCCACUCAUUUUAAAAAACACAUCACACAAGUUAAAUGUUUUUAUAUUAAUUGUUAAAAUACUCAUACGGGUGAAACAUUGAACUGCAUUAUUUGCUUUUCACUGGUGUUUUAAGCAGACAUUUUUAACCAUUUUAAUCUGUUUUGUAUU